AUUUCUGUGGGUUUAAGAAACACAUCCGCUUGGGUGAGGAUCAUUUGAAAUGUUACACGAUAUUAGAAGGUUUUCUGGUAAAAGUAAACUGACCUCUCAUGCCUACAAAUAGGCUCGCGCAUAGGACUACAUGCGCGCUAUAGAACACGUGCACAUUUGUUGGCGGGAAUUCGACUGGAAUCUCAACACACUUGUAUGUUUUACUGCUGUCCUGGUGUCAUAUUUAAUAAACAAUUAAAAAGUUAAUACAGCUAGAUAGCAUAUUUAUCCGAUAAAGAUAUGAGUUUGGAUACUCUGUUUCAACAAAUUCUACUAACCGAACAGCAAAUAUCGGAGAAAACGCGACAAUCUCAAGAGGUCAAGGCUGCUAUUGCAAGAUGUCAAGACAGGGUCAAGACAUUGACAGCAAAAUCAGAAUGUCUCUCCAAGGAACUUGAUGAACAGUGUGUCCUUCCAGGCUCAGCAUCUAUCAGAGACAAAGCUGCAGUAUGACCUAAUGAAAAAGCAUCAAGUACAAGUUGAAAAGCAGGCAGGGGAGCUUCUGAGACAGCAGAGGGAUCUCAGGAAACACUUGGAGAAAAUAAAGAAGUCGUCGAAGGAGGAACAGGAGAAUUUCAUGAAUGAAAUCAUGACUUUCAACAGCGACUUUAGCCUUUUGAAUAACAGGGAGACUGUGUUUGAGAGCCAAACCCAAUCUGAGAUACGUAACUUGGGGGAGGAGGUUAGCUCUUUAAACAAAGAGAUGGAUUCCAUGGGCCGGACGAAUACUCAGAUGAAGUCUAUGCAAGAAGAAAAGAGAGGUCUCCAUUUGGAGCUACAAGGACUGGAACAUAUUAUGAAAGACCUGGAGAGCCAGCUGAGUGAGGCUAAAUCAAUGACCGAGUCCUUAAGUGCAGAGAGUCUGAUGGUCACCCAGAAGCCCCUCACAGACAGCACUUGCUUAAGACUUAAAAAGGAGCUGGAGAUGCACAAAGAAGGAGAGCUGGAGCUGCUGAGAGAAGCCCUUAGCUCUGAAAUCCUGUUCCUGCAAUCGAAACUGUCUCAGAAGACUCCCCAAUACUCAAGGAAAUUCACAUAGUGUCCAAAUUCCAGAGGUAUGUUAGAGGUUAGGAGAGAGAUUGAUUAUACCAGCAGUCUUAAAAACUGUGUAUUUUACUAAGUACUUAUUUUGUGUUACUUUACUGUCAGCUCAUUGAAGGUCUUGGCUUUACCCACCGAACAUAUCGUUACCAAAACAUGAUAAGAUUUUAGCCAUAGAACUAGGGUGUUGAGACGGGAUGAUAUGGUUAUAGUGAUCAAGAGAACAAGAGCAAAUCCCAUGCAUUUGUUUAAAACGUAUAUUACAGUUUUUUACAAUCGCUUACACACUAUAAGUGGUACGUGAGGCAUACUCAGUGAAACCAUUACCUCAUGUACCUAAUCUUCAGACCAAGUCUGCAAAACUGCAAGCAUAUUAUCUGCUUUACACUCAGUUUGCAAUUGUAAAACUAAACACAGUUCUCUACAUUAGACACAUCAUUCAAAACUAACAGGUCUUGUGUUUCAUUUGGAAAACACUGCCAUUCCAAAUACCACACUCAUUUACCGAUUACCUACACCCAGUGCUCACGUGUGAAAACACAUAGCUAAUUUCUUCACUUAGAAAUCAGAGCUUGAGCACUAUAAAUAGGCUUCAUGUUGGCUUUCUUGGUUUGGACAACAAUGGAGGCCAAUUUUAGAGGAAGAGGAGUGAGAGUAAGAGGGGGACGAGGACGACGAAAAGGAAAAGCCUUUUGUUUACCUUCUACUGUAUUUGUUUUGUCUGUUACUGUUCAUCCUGUAAUCUUGAUGAAAAUACAAUGUUUUGAGAAAGAAAUACAUUUUAAUUUCCCCCCCUUGCAUUUCUGUUUAUAGUGUAAAUAUAUACUGAAUAUGCAUACAUAAUGUAUAUAUUUGUGCACACAUACGUGUGAGUGCUAUGACAAACUGCCGUGGACCCCACUGCACACGGAACAUGCAAAAGACACAAGAUUGUAGUGUUUUAUAUUUGUCACAUCCGUGUAUAGUUGGCGUGUACAAGAGCUAAUCAUUUGCUGGUUUGUGUGUAGAGUUUUAUUGGAAAAACACAAUUUUGAGAAGAGUUAAAAUAAUUUUGAAUGAAGUAUUUGGUUUUGCAAGAGAUGUGUGACGUUUUGCAUGUUGUGUGUGUGUUUUGGGGUUUUGUGUGUAGAGUCUAGAGAAAAGGAGCCAUAGUUUCAGAAAUCAUGUGUAAGCAAUUGUCAAAAACUGUAAUUCUUUACCCCUGAAAACUGCCCUCUAGUGGAAAUUAUCGAAGUUGCAGUAUCACAUUGUACUGCAAAAUCUGACUGAACCAGGUUGACAAUAAAAUAUGUAUAUAUGGACUAUGAAAAGAAUACGAAAGAAAUAACAUAGCAGGUAGAAUCAGAGAACAGAAAUCCAGAACUCCACUGUAAAGUGGACUUUUCUGGUUGUUUUUCCAUGAGAAUACAAAUGAAUCAGAUGAUGGUGUCAGCCUAAGGUGUGGUGAACAUGUUUUUAAUGUGAUGCUGGUCAAUGGUCUCUGUUUCCAGGUACAGAAGCAGUGUUCAACCUCAAAACCGCCAGUGUCAGUGAUAUUUCUUGAAAUGUCAUUUUGAAUGUAUAGAAAAUAUAGCAUGAGUUACUUUUACACCACCUACAAAAUUCCAAUGUGAUCCCUGGCUAUACAUUUCAUUAAAUGUCAUUAAUCUCCAUAGAGAGAGAAGACUAUUAAAACUGUAAAUGUUUGCAGAUUGCUUGUUGUAUUCUUUGCUGCCCUCUAGGGGCCAUUUUACACCACACAUGGUGGCCAACCAGGAUGUUCUUGUUCAUGUAGUACUCUAGUACCAGCACAAUGACUCAUUAAAAUAAUU